AUGGACCGGAAUAAACGCAACUCUAUCGCCGCGUUCCCCACGAGACCCGAACGCCUCGCCGAGGAUAGAGACGGAGGGCUAGGGGUGUGCGAGAUGGGAAUGGGACCGCCUUCGCAGGUGGGUAGGGUUUGCCCUUCGUCCUACCGGGCCCUUAUCAGUGCCUUCUCCUGCCUUACACGCCUGGACGACUUCACCUGCGAGUGGAUCGGCUCGGGCUUCUUCUCUGAUGUUUACAAGGUGUGUCACCGUGCGUCGGAUCAGGUGAUGGCGCUCAAGAUGAACAAGCUGAGCAGCAACAGGGCAAACAUGUUGAGAGAAGUGCAGCUGAUGAACCGCCUCUCGCACCCCAACAUACUCAGGUUCAAGGGAGUAUGUGUGCACGAGGGCCAGCUUCACGCUUUGACUGAGUACAUCAAUGGCGGCAACCUGGAGCAGCUUCUGGACAGCAACAAGCAUCUUAGCUGGCCUGCCAGAGUCAAACUGGCCAGCGACCUCGCCGGCGGUCUGGCCUACCUGCACGCCAAAGGCAUCUUCCACCGAGACCUAACCUCCAAGAACUGUUUAAUCAAAUGCGAUGACAGCGGCUACACGGCGGUGGUGGGAGACUUCGGACUGGCCGAGAAGAUCCCUGCUAAUCUCACGGAAGGAGCAAAGCUUUCAGUGGUGGGAUCUCCUUUUUGGAUGGCUCCCGAAGUUCUGAGGGAUGAACCUUACAAUGAGAAGGCUGAUGUCUUCUCCUACGGCAUCAUCCUGUGUGAGAUCAUCGCGAGGAUCCAGGCUGACCCUGAUUUUCUUCCAAGAACAGAGAACUUCGGGCUGGACUAUCAUACAUUUCAGCACAUGGUUGGAGACUGUCCGCCCGACUUCUUACAGCUGGCGUUCAACUGCUGCAAUAUGGACCCCACGCUGCGGCCGUCCUUUCCAGACAUUGUGCGACACUUGGACGAGAUACUGACGCGCCUGAAAUUGGGUGAAGAGGCGCAGCAGUGCCCUCCACUGGUUGGAGAGGUUGACAAGAAGACUACAAUGUCCAAAGGGGAGAAGAUCCAGGGCCUGAAGCGACUCAACCCGCUGAUUUUCCCGGACGACAAAAUUCCCCCCAAAUCACCUCGCCCCCGCCGCAACAUCUGGCUAAGUCGCAGCCAGUCGGACAUUUUUUCAUGCAAGGCAGGAAGGAAGGUGAACGUGCGGGACCCUUACUACGAGCCGCCGGCUUCACGGCGAGCCAGCAAGCUACGCAAGGUUAACCCGUUCACAGCACGCGAGGACCUGUGCGGUGGGAACAUCAAGUUCUACGACGUGCCCAGCAAGUCUGUGUUUUCGCUGGUCUUCGACCUCCGCUCGCCGCCGGGAAGCGCCUUCACCAGCCGGCCGCCGGCCCACACAUCAGCCGCCACGCCGGUGUCCUUCUACUGGCAGCAGUUACCCGGACGGCAGUGUCACUCCCUGCCAGUGUCGCCACUGCUGCCUCGCUCAGAGUUCCUGUACCACCGCCACGUUGCCGCAACCACGACUGCCUCAGCCGUCAACAACAACAACAAUGGCCUCCUACCCUGCAGCGCACACCUUAACCAAAUCUGCACCUCCUUCCUCACAGCGGCCGUCUGCCGGUCAGAGACCGUCCUAACGGGCACCGAAGUGCGACACAAGCCGGGGCUGAGUGGCUGGGCCCGGAAAUAUACAGUUGUGGAGAUCCCGCCGUACAGCGGGCCAGUGGCGCCAGACGGGACGGACAGCGAGGACGAUGAUGACGUGUUUGGUGAGAGCUGGUCUCCGAACGUCCCCCUCGGCGAAGCAAUGGACUGCUCUAGCAUGUUGGAGGACCAACACAUGCAUGUCAUGCCACCAUGA